AUGUCGACCCCGAGCAGACAGACCAAACACUUCAUCAGCGGGGUGGUGGAAGGUAAGAGGACUGGGACCAGUGACUCAAACUGGACCUCUAGAUUUAGAUCCCAGUGAUAUUCCAGUGCAGGUCUUCAACAAGGAUAUGAACAAACAUUUAACUGCAAGUUUCCAGAACAGAAAUCCGUUAUAAUCAGAGUAAUAGAUUUAUAUAUGAGCCCUCCUGCUAAGAGUUUUUGUGCAUUUCCUGACCUCAUCUUCCUGAUCCAGGUUUUUAUGGGCGACCAUGGACUAUGGAGCAGAGAACAGAGCUGUUUAAAAGGUUUGUUAUGAAUCCCUGUAAGAUGUGUUAGGACUGUGAAAAGCAGUGUUAACAAGAAAGUCCAGUUCAUAUGAGUUAUUAAGCUAUUCUUCCAUUUUCACCUCAUAAAAAGCAGAACUGACAAAACUCUGAUGUGGUUUAUCUCUUGUGUGUCACAGAGAGCAGAAGUGGGGUUUGAACACGUACCUGUACGCCCCUAAGGAUGACUACAAACACAGGAUGUACUGGAGGGACCUGUACGCACCUGAGGAGGCAGGUAAGUCAUCCCCAGCAAAUUUGAAGGUGAUGUAGGAGCCAAAAUAUAUUUGUUUAGUUUGAUUUCUAAUAGGUACGUCACGUCCAGGGAAGAUCACUGAGCAUGUGGUUUUGGGAUGUUUGGCGGGUUAAUUAAAUCUCACAGGUGUAGUCAGACGGGGGUUUUGGUAAGCGCUCAUAAUUUCCUGUUUUUCAUCGGUUUUUAUUGUUUUCACCGUUUCAUUGAUCCUGUUUUAACCUCAUUUUAUCUUAUCACUUUUUCAUUCGAAAGGAAAUGUUUUGGAGCUGGAUCAGCGUGUUUUCGUUCCUUUUUUGAACAAUAAAUACAUUUUUUAACACUCAAACCAGACUGAUAAUUGAACGCGUCACAUAUGCAAGCGAACCUAAACCCCAGCAGCCUUUUUGUUGAGGGAAAGCAGUCGCUACAGGUGAUCUGAGCACACCUGAAAACCAAACAGGCACAGGACCUCAAACAGGACCCAGAAUCUAUUUGCUGAAAAGAAAAUAGUAUUUCUCUAAUCUCAUGCAUUAUUGUCUUCCUGUUAAACCAAAUGUUCUUCAAAAUUUCUCAUCUCUCUAUUUCUUUCCAGAGCAACUCAUCAACCUGAUAUCAGCAGCGAAAAAACACAAUGUGGAUUUCGUCUAUGCAAUCUCUCCUGGUCUGGACAUUACUUUUUCCAACCCCAAAGAGGUGUCUGCCCUGAAGAGAAAGCUGGAACAGGUACGAGUUUAUGUGCUCAUAUAAAGGGUGGAGUGCAAGAGAUAAUUCAAUCUGAGGUGUUUUUAUAGCUCUAAAGUAGGGCAACAGGCAAAUGAUGACACUGACACUGAAGCGAGUGGUGACAACAACUUUAUUUACAUGGAACUUUUGAAAAUGAGGGUUUACAAAGUAUAUCGCAAAGAAACCAGAAAAACCUUGAAGAGACCGCAGGAGCUUAAAAGACAACUCUGGGACUACUAGGAGGUUCCCACCUGAGGAUCUGUGGCUAGUUUAUAUGAUGCGGGUUGCUCUUCUAUGUCGCAUGGAGCCAGGUUAUUAGUGCUUCAAAGUUAUGAAGCUGUAAAAGUCUCUUUUUCACGCCUCAUGGAUCCACAAACCCUAAACUGUCCUUUGUCUCCCUCAGGUGAAGGAGUUUGGCUGCAGGUCCUUCUCGCUGCUGUUUGAUGAUAUCGAGACAGAGAUGUGUCCCGCAGAUAAACAGGCCUUCAGCUCUUUUGCCCACGCUCAGGUGUCCAUCACUAAUGCGGUUUACCAGCACCUGGGAGAACCUGAGACCUUCCUCUUCUGUCCUACUGGUCAGGCAGUGGGAGAAAACUACAGCUGAAUGAAUAUACUUUCCUCAUCUGUCUCUGUGAAGUAACAUUUAUUCUGCUUGUGUCCUUUCAGAUUAUUGUGCUGCAUUCUGCACCCCAACAGUUCCCCAGUCUUCUUAUCUGAACACGGUGGGUGAGGGGCUGCUGCCUGGGAUUGACAUACUGUGGACAGGUGAGGCAAAACACAGAGUUAAGAUCUUUUGUUAUUGUGUUUUUACAGCAUAGAAAAUGCUGGUUUUAACUUUUUAUCAUUCUCUCUCUCUUUUGUAUGCCGCUCAGGUCCCAAAGUGGUGUCCCACAAAAUCUCUGUGAAGUCCAUAGAAGAAGUGACCUCUGUUCUGAGGAGGCCACCCGUCAUCUGGGACAACAUCCACGCCAACGACUACGACCCCCAAAGACUUUUCCUCGGGCCCUUUAAGGUCAAUUGAAAAACUCCUCUCAUGUUUUUAUUCGUCUGUAUGUGCUCCAGCCUGGUCUCCCUAUUCUAACUGAUCCAGUCUCUCUUUCAGGACCGUCCCACUGAGCUGAUCCCCAAACUGAGAGGAGUCCUCACCAACCCCAACUGUGAAUUCUACCCAAACUUUGUGGCCAUCCACACACUGGCCACAUGGUGCAAAGCAAACUCUGAGGGGGGACAGAAAGAUGUGGAAAUGGGUGAGGAAACAGCACUGUUUAUUUUUAUUACAGUUAUUUAUUAUUUCAAUUAUUGGAUUUUUUUAAAGAGAUGAACUUGAUUAUGCAACAAAACACUUCAUAACACCCCAUCAAGCUACUUCAUGUUUCAGUUCUGGAGAUAUUUUUCCCUUUAUAACCACAGCAAGGCUUUACAUACUGAGUUUUCAGUGCAAGUUUUUUAGUGGAACUACAGUAUAGUUGAUAUUUGGAAACACUGGUGUAUGUGCUGUCAAAUGAAGCCCUUAUUCUCUCUGCUCCCCAUCACCAGCUGAUGAGGAGCAGGACUCGUGCUAUAGCCCCCAAAAAGCCCUGACCCUGGCCCUCACCGACUGGCUGCAGGAGUUUCUGAGCACUGAUCAGCCUGGAGGUAAAGUAUUAUCAGAGCAGCAGGAAAUUUAGUGAGAUACAGUGGAAUCAAGGUGGGUCUAACUUUGGUCUCUUAAUCCCUCAAGGUCCUUGUCUCAAGUCCCGUUUUAAGAAAGAAUCAUCUGAUGAAGAGCCCAUGCAGACAGAUGUAGGAGAGGGUUCCUAUAUUCCUAGCCCAGAGGAGAACCCACUGUACACAGCAGAACCCCUGACCCUGGAGGACCUGAAGCUGUUGUCAGAUCUGUUCUACCUACCGUAUGAACACGGGCCCACAGCCAGGAGCAUGCUGCAGGAGCUGGACUGGCUCAAGAACAACAACGCAGCCGCUGCUGCAGAGACAGACAAGGUGGUGUAACAAUUCGUUUUUUCAACAAUCUUUUUAUGGUCAGCUGGAACUACACCAAAGAUGGCAGAGUAGGCAUUAGGCUGCACAUUUAAGGAUAGUGCUUGUGAAAAAUUUCUGAAAACUGCUGACCAGUAACAUGUGUGUUAGUAUUGGCGAGAAAAUAUGACAUCUGCUACAAUUCUCAUCCACCUCAGGGUUAAUUCAGGCCAGCCGACACCUGGAGAGGUGGGUACGGUGUAAAACUUUAAACUGAAUUACACCUAGCCUAGAACAUGAAGAAGGUGCAUUAACUCUUUUCAGAGCUUCAGUCCAGGAUUCCUCACGUAAUACAUCCCCAAGUGGUGCGGCAUUUUAAUUCAUAAAAACAGAUCAUGAUGCAGUGAACGAGCUAAAACUUGUACUCUGCUUCCAGACAGUGGAGUGGUGCUCGAGGGCGCAGCAGUUCGAUGACAUGUGUGAGGCUGUGGUGCAGAUGUUCAAUCGCCUGUCCAACGCCCCCAACCGCAGGAUUCUGUACGACCUCUACAACUACAUCUGUGAUAUCAAGAGCGGGGUCGGCCUGGCCCGAGCCUACGUGAAAACACUUGGUGAGGAGACAAGAGCGUGAAAGCUGACAGACUCAUGUGAACAACACAGAUGGUUGAGGAAAAAGUUGUUGCAGCAUGUGAAGGAAGAGAAAUAUCAGCCCCCUGAAUGUCAUAUGUGUACACUUUGCGACGUGUAUCAUUGCAAACCAAAGAACAUAAAGUUACCUAGGCUCACCUCUCCACCCCAGUGCAGGUGAGUCUGCCUCUGAUAUAACUUACCGGAUUUUAAACACAGUGCCCACAUGACCCAGCAAAACCAAUAGCAACCACACAAAAGUAACGGAACACAGGAUAACCGAUAAGCAAAGCAUUAUUAUGGCUCCUUCAAUCAUAUCCUCGACUGAGCCUGGCGUAUCAUGUUGUGUAUUUGAAGUUUGAGAAAUGUCACCUCAUGAAUUUGAACUUUAUAAGGCGUACUAAAUAUAGCUAAUUCAAUUUGCUGCUUUUUUUUUUGCUCAGGAGGACAGGGUCGGCCCUCAGCCCAGCUCAUGAACAACGAUCCUGAACCCUGGGGCUUCAGGGGAGGCCUCUCUGGAGAGUUUCAGGUAACUUGUGUCCAAAGAGAGUGAGAAAAUUUUUAUUCAUAGUUUGUGAUCUCUUUGGAGCUCUGCAUUAAGACAUGGUUUUGUUUCUGGAACUCUCCAUGAGCGUGAAUAUUCCUCCUAUUUGUUUCUGUAGAGAAUGCUGCCCUGUCAUGGAAACAGAGACCUGUUCAGACAUCCACCCAUGACAGCAGUUUACUGCAUACGGCCAUACUGCCCUGACGACAAGGUAGAGAUAAAACAUCCUCACAGAUUGUGAUCAUCUUAUUUGUUAAAACAAAGUUCUUUGUUACACGUUGUUGUGUAUCUAUCCCAGAUGGAGGUGAAGAAGAUUUUCAGGGAGAUGCAGAGACACCAGAUGGUGCAGCCUGCACUGAUCUGCGACAGGUGAGGAGCUGGUCUCUUCUGUUGUCGUAUAUUUAUGCUCACAUUAUCAUCCCCUCUGUCCCUCUGCAGCCUGUCAGCAGGUGAGAUCUCUCCAUCCCCUCAGUGUGCUCUUGUCCUGGAGGAUGAUAUUGGCAUGUGUGGUUAUGCUCUCGCACUAACUGACGCCAAACCAGCCGCUGCAAAGAUUCAGGUCAUCAUCUGUUUUAUUCCACUGUUUGUAGAAGACAAAAUGAAGAUAGGAUGCAGUGCUGCUCAAAGUGUUUUAUUCUUUUUCAUUCCUCUAGAGGGCUGUAAGUGACUCUGAGUUGAAGGACUUCCCCUCCCUGCUCACCGUACAGGUGUUGCCCCGGGUCACUGAUCCCUCAACAGCCAAGCGUAUGAUUAGUUGGUUGUUGUCCUCCAUCAGGAGCUGCGGUAGGUGGAGACUGAACUUGUUGCUAUUCUUAGAGAGGUCUCAUGGAAUUGACCUGUGGUUAAUUCACAAACUGAGGUUUAACAGUCUACAUACUCUCCACAAGGAGGCGAUGUCCUGUCAUUAUUGGCUGGGUUAGCUAAACCUUUAAAAAUACUGAUAACUCCUCUCUCACAACUUUAAAGGUUCUAAAGGAGCUUUCUGUGAGCUGAGGCAGGGCGAUCAGCGGAUGCUCCACUUUUACACCAAACUGGGCACCUUCAAACCCAUAAAGAUGGCCGGUCUGCCUCAGGACAUCAUCGCUAUGGGAACGAGCCUGUGA